AUGUACACCCUCCCCAUUCUCGCCCUAGCGGCAGCGCUGCCCACAGCUCUAUCCCAAAGCUCCAACUCCGAAACCAUCCUCGGCGUCUACAUGUUCCACCGCCACGGCGACCGCACAGCCAAGAUCACCGCGCCCGCCAACCUCACCGACCUGGGCUACCGUCAAGUCUACGACUCCGGCUCCUACUACCGCAGCCGGUACAUUGACUCGGGCGCCGACUUCCGCAUCAGCGGGAUUAACCCGGAUGCCGUCCUGCAGUCGCAGCUCCAGGUCUCGUCGCCCAUUGAUGAUGUGCUGCAGAAUAGCGCUACGGGGUUCUUGCAGGCUCUCUACCCGCCUGUCGGCAGUGAGCUGGACGCUGAGGAAUUGAGGAAUGGCAGUACUGUCACCGCGCCGAUGCAGGGGUAUCAGCUCAUCCCGAUCGGUGUGGCGGAGAGUGGCACCGGGAGUGAGGAUAGUACGUGGUUGCAAGGGACCAGCGACUGCGCGAAGGCGGAAGUUAGUUCGAAUGAGUAUUUCGUGUCCGACGAGUAUAGGCGAUUAUACGACUCGACGCGGGACUUCUACCGGAACUUGUUGCCUGUGAUCAGUGGGAUGUUCUCCGAAGACGAUGCCACAUUCGAGAACGCCUACGAGAUCUGGGACUACAUCAACGUCGCCACGAUCCACAACAACACCAUCCCCUCCGCCUCCCUCCUGACCGACCGGACGCUCUUCCAACUCCGCACCCUCGCCGACGCCCAACAAUUCGCCCUCGCCUACAACGCCAGCACGCCCAUCCGCGCCGUGACCGGCAUGACCCUCGCGGCCCAAAUCACCCAGUUCCUCAACGACUCCCUCUCCACCGCCGGCUCCUUCUCCGGCCAGAGGCUCGGCAUUCAAUUUGGCGCCUACGCGACUUUUGCUUCUUUCUUCGGGCUCGCUCAAUUGCCGGAGGUCAAUGAGGAUUUCACUGGUGUAACUGAUUAUGCCUCUAGUAUGGUGUUUGAGAUGUUCACCAACGCUUCCAAGACGGACUAUUCGCCUGAGGAUGUGUUUGUGCGGUUCCUCUAUCAUAACGGUACGGCGAGCGAGAGUGACCCGCCAACUGAGUACCCGCUUUUCGGGACUGGGGAGAAUGCACUGGCCUGGAAUGACUUCAUGGAAAACAUGAAUGCCUUCUCACUCGGGGAUACGGGCGCCUGGUGUACGGCGUGCGGGAACUCUACUGGGGAGUGUGCGGCUUACGUCAAUGACAACAACGACGAUGGCAGCAGCGCUGGCUCGGCACUGUCCAGCGAGGAGAGCACGGGGUGUUCGAACGGCGUCAGUCCAGCUGUGAACGGAGUCAUCGGCGCUAUGGUUACUCUUGCUGUUGUGCUGGGGCUGGAGGCUUUGGUACUGGUGGUGUUUGGCUUGCGGGUGGUGAGCAAGAAGAGGCUUGCGCAGGGGGCGGGUAGAGUGGUGGGUGGUGGGGAGGAGAUGAAGGGGUAG